AGAAAAAAAAAAAAACCGGUGCUGUGAGAAAUUCCUCGCGGGUGGGGCAAGGUAGAAGCCGAGCGGGCGGAAAGUGAGAGCAACAUCCGGGCACCUGCGUCUGGAGCGCUUCUGCCCGCCAUGCCUCCUUUUCCCGUAGCCAUGCUGAAGUGCGGGAUGACGGGUGGUCAGGUGAAAGUGUUUGGGAAAGCAAUUCAAACUCUAUCACGAGUGAGCGAUGAACUGUGGCUAGACCCGUCUGAAAAAGGUCUUGCUCUGAGAUCUGUGAAUUCUUGUCAUUCCACAUAUGGCUACGUCCUGUUCUCGUCCGUGUUUUUUCAACAUUAUCAAUGGUCCCCCUCAGCCACGAUGACAGACAGUGACAUACCACUGAAUUUAAAUUGCAAACUGGCAAUAAAGUCAAUCCUGCCAAUCUUUAGAUGUCUGAAUUACCUUGAAAGAAGCAUAGAGAAGUGUACAAUGGUCGCCAGAUCGGACAGAUGCAGAGUCGUCAUCCAGUUCUUCGGCAGGCAUGGUAUUAAAAGAACUCACAAUGUGUAUUUCCAAGACUGCCAGCCCUUGAAAAUUCUCUUUGAAAAGAGCUUGUGUGCGAACAUCCUGAUGAUUAAACCAAGACUGCUGGCUGAGGCCAUUGCUCUUCUAACAUCGAAUCAAGAGGAAGUCACCUUCUCCGUUACCCCAGAGAAUUUCUGCCUCAAGAGCUCGAGUGGGGAAUCACUGGAUUUAACCAGCUCUGUGUACAGUGAGAUGUCUUUUGGCCCGGAAGAGUUUGACUUCUUUCAGGUUGGAUUUGAUACCGAGAUAACCUUUUGCUUUAAAGAACUGAAGGGGAUCCUCACCUUCUCAGAAGUGAUGCAUGCACCCAUUGCCAUCUACUUUGACUUUCCUGGAAAACCCGUUGUUCUGAGUGUGGAAGACAUGCUGUUGGAGGCGAGCUUUAUCCUGGCCACCUUAGUGGACUAUCCAAGUAGAACAUCUUCACCACAGUCACUGCGCCUUUCCCAGGCACGAAGGUCAGACCCCACACAGUCCGGUGCCCAGGAGGGUAAAAGCCGAGUCAGCCAGACCCCAGAGAGCAUCUCUCGAGCAGCGCCCAAAAGGCUGUUUCCCAAGGAUCCUCCUGACAGCAGCUCUGCAGCAGAGACCAGGAGAGCCAGCGCCAGCCAGGAUGACAUCUCCGAGGUGCCUGAGAGUGUUGUCAGUGACAUGGAGGAAGGGCCAAGUCCUUCACCCCUCAGAAAGUUUUCCUGCAUGUUCUUUGGAGCAGUAUCUUGUGAACAGCAAGAGCAUGCCAACCACCCCUUGGGCAGUCUGGCAGUAGCAAGUGACAGUGAACAGGACUCGAGUGGAUGAACGUCCACGCUAAGGCUCAGUGAUAGCCACACCGGGCGCUUGGCUCCCUGAAGGCCAAGGGGAAACUGAGCAAACUGUCCCAGGAUGCCCUGGAGACAGUGUCUCUGCUCUUGCCAGGAUCACUGUGCACUAAAAUCUGUGCCACUUGGGGCACAGGGCUGGCCGCACAAGGAUGAGCCAUCGGGGUUAGAUGCCACUGUUUACCCUGCAGCCUUGGCACGUCCCCUGUGGGUCCCUAAGGCAGACUUCCCUCAGCAUCGGGGUGAGGUGGAGCUUCUGUACCUGACAGCAGCCUUCCAGCUUAUGUGAGACCUGACAGGCUUUGUUCAGUGUUGUUUUUCAGAGUAGAGAAAAGGUGGUGAAUAAAAGACAUACAGUUAACUUCA